AUGGAGUAUAUGAUCAGAUUCACACAAACUCAUGAAACUUUUCGUCUCGCGGAAAUCAAAGCCUUAGCUGUGUAUGAGGGUAUUGACCUAGAAAUAUUAUCUUAUAGUCCUAGCUCGCCAUACUGCUUUAUCAAGUUAGCCUCAGAAGAUGAGGCCAUCAGACUUGUCCGUCGAAGCAUCCUUGCUAAAUCCAUCUAUGAAGUCUGGGGCAAUGGAUCCACCUACGACGACCUGCAUGACAAUGCACGAGGCGUGUCGCAGCACCUAUGGCCUCUUUACAAAAAGUGUUCAUUCAAAUUCGUUAUUGACUCGUUUCAAGGAUCUAGAUCUACUACCGAGCAGAGGAAGCUUAUCGAAGGCUUCAAGUUCCUGGGAUUGGAAGGACCGAUUAGGAUGAAAGGUGCUGAGCAGGAGUUUUGUCUGUCAGAAGAGUGGCAGUACGAUGCUGCUGCUCUGGGCGUUCACCAGCCGCAGUCGGUACAUCUGGGCCGCUUUCUGGGUGGAAGUGAUAGGGAUGUCAUACAGAAAUAUGAUCUCAAGAAGCGAAAAUACAUUUGUACCACUUCUAUGGAUGCUGAGCUCGCUCUCAUUACAGCAAACAUGACAUUAGCUGGGCCAGGAAAGCUCUUUUACGACCCAUUCGUUGGCUCCGGCAGUUUCCCUGUCGCAUGUGCGCAUUUCGGCGCUCUUGCUUUUGGAAGCGAUAUUGAUGGACGUAGCAUCCGUGGAAAGGGCAAAACGAGUUUACAUGCAAACUUUGUGCAGUAUGGCAUUACAGAUCAAUUUGGAGAUAGCUUUGUUGCUGAUCUUACAAAUACACCAUUGAGAAUCGCUAGGAUAUUCGAUGGUAUUGUCUGUGAUCCUCCGUAUGGUGUAAGGGAAGGGUUGAAGGUUCUUGGCAGUAGGGAUCCGACGAAGGGAAAGGAAAUCGUGUAUAGAGAUGGGAAGGCUCAUCAUCUAGAGGAGAAAUAUAUUCCGCCCAAGAGACCUUACAGUUUCCUAGCCAUGCUUGACGAUAUUCUCGAAUUUGCAGCACACACGUUGGUUGAGAAUGGGCGAUUAUCUUUUUGGAUGCCAACUGCGAAUGAUGAGGACCAGGAGAUUCAGACACCGGAACACCCCUGUCUUGAGAUUACCAGUGUCUGCACCCAGGCCUUUAACAGAUGGUCGAGGAGACUUAUUACAUACCGCAGACUUCCGAAUUCAGAAGUCAAGGAAGCUCCUGUUCGUGAGGAGAGAGCCAAGGAGAAUGGUGUGAGCGCUGAUGACCUCAAUCCAUUCAGAAAAAGCUACUUUACGGGGUUUAAAGCGGCCUUCAGAGACUCGGCUUACAAGUACAUCGACAUUUGCUCCGCCAAGAAUAUUGUCACGAGCCUCGGACAGCUGUUAUUCUCCCCACACAGUUAG